UUUGGAACAGAAACCCUGAUGGAUUCCACGACAGCAACAGCAGAGCUCGGCUGGACAGUCCAUCCUUCAUCUGGGUGGGAAGAAGUGAGCGGCUACAAUGAGAACAUGAACACCAUCAGGACGUACCAGGUCUGUAACGUGUUCGAGGCCAGUCAGAAUAACUGGCUCCGCACCAAGUACAUCCGACGCCGUGGCGCCCAGCGCGUGCACGUGGAGAUGAAGUUUUCCGUGCGGGAUUGCAGCAGCAUUCCCAACGUUCCCGGGUCCUGCAAGGAGACCUUCAACUUGUACUAUUACCAGUCGGACAAGGACUCGGCUACCAAGACCACUCCCUACUGGAUGGAGAACCCCUGGAGCAAGGUGGACACCAUCGCCGCUGACGAGAGCUUCUCCCAGGUGGACCUGGGGGGCCGGGUCAUGAAGAUCAACACCGAGGUCCGCAGCUUCGGGCCGGUCUCCAAGGCCGGCUUCUACCUGGCUUUCCAGGACUAUGGGGGCUGCAUGUCGCUGAUCGCUGUCCGGGUCUUUUACCGCAAGUGCCCCCGAGUCAUCCAGAACGGGGCCGUGUUCCAGGAGACACUGUCCGGGGCCGAGAGCACAUCGCUGGUGGCCGCCCGAGGCUCCUGCAUCCCCAACGCCGAGGAGGUGGACGUCCCCAUCAAGCUCUACUGUAACGGGGACGGAGAGUGGAUGGUGCCCAUUGGCCGCUGCACUUGCAAGGCUGGCUACGAGCCUGCGGAGAACGGCACCGUGUGUCAAGGUUGUCCAUCCGGGACAUUUAAAGCAAACCAGGGUGAGGAGUUCUGCAUGAACUGCCCCAUCAACAGCCGGACCACUUCCCAAGGGGCAACUAAUUGCGUUUGCCGCAAUGGCUACUACCGGAGCGACAAUGACCCCCCGGCCAUGCCCUGCACCACCACACCAUCCUCUCCCCGCAACGUGAUCUCGAGCGUGAACGAGACGUCUCUGAGCCUGGAGUGGAUGUCACCGCGGGAGACGGGGGGACGGGAGGACGUGGUGUACAACGUGAUCUGUAAGAGCUGCACAGCCGGGAGGAGGGGCUGCACUCGCUGUGGGGACAACGUGCAGUUUGUGCCGCGGCAGUUGGGUCUGGCCGAGCCCCACGUGUACAUCAGUGACCUUCUCGCUCACACUCGCUACACCUUCGAGAUCCAGGCUGUCAAUGGCGUCUCCGACCAGAGCCCCUACUCCCCCCAGUACUCCUCUGUCAACAUCACUACCAACCAGGCCGCUCCCUCCGCUGUGUCCAUCAUGCACCAAGUCAGUCGCACUGUGGAGAGCAUCACCCUGUCCUGGUCCCAGCCCGACCAGCCCAACGGCAUCAUCCUGGACUAUGAGCUACAGCACUAUGAGAAGGACCAAUCGGAGUACAACUCGACCACAGUGAAGAUCCAGACUAACACAGCCACCAUCCACCACCUCCGCGCAGGAACCAUCUAUGUUUUCCGAGUGCGAGCUCGCACCGUGGCUGGUUUCGGACGUUACAGCGGGAAGAUGUAUUUCCAGACCAUGACUGAAGCCGAAUACCAGACCAGCAUCCAGGAGAAGCUGCCUCUCAUCAUCGGAUCAGCCGCUGCAGGCCUCGUCUUCAUCAUCGCUGUCGUGGUCAUCAUCAUCGUCUGCAAUAGAAGGCGAGGGUUUGAAAGAGCGGACUCUGAAUACACAGACAAGUUGCAGCAUUACACCAGCGGUCACGUGGCGCCGGGAAUGAAGAUUUACAUUGACCCGUUCACCUACGAGGAUCCCAAUGAGGCCGUGCGAGAAUUUGCGAAAGAGAUUGAGAUUUCCAGUGUGAAGAUAGAGCAGGUUAUUGGUGCAGGUGAGUUUGGGGAGGUGUGCAGCGGCCACCUGAAGCUCCCGGGGAAGAGGGAGAUCUUCGUGGCCAUCAAGACGUUGAAAUCCGGCUACACCGAGAAGCAGCGGCGAGACUUCCUGAGCGAGGCCAGUAUCAUGGGGCAGUUUGACCAUCCCAAUGUCAUCCACCUGGAAGGAGUGGUCACCAAGAACACGCCAGUCAUGAUCGUCACAGAAUUCAUGGAGAACGGAUCGCUGGAUUCCUUCCUGCGGCAAAACGACGGGCAGUUCACGGUUAUCCAGCUGGUGGGGAUGCUGCGAGGCAUCGCCGCGGGGAUGAAGUACCUUUCAGACAUGAACUACGUGCACAGAGACCUCGCUGCCCGCAACAUCCUGGUCAACAGUAACCUGGUCUGCAAGGUCUCCGACUUCGGUCUGUCCCGGUUUCUGGAGGACGAUACCUCGGAUCCGACCUACACAAGUGCUUUGGGUGGGAAGAUUCCUAUCCGCUGGACGGCACCAGAGGCCAUUCAGUACAGGAAGUUCACCUCAGCCAGUGACGUGUGGAGCUAUGGUAUAGUCAUGUGGGAAGUGAUGUCGUAUGGGGAGAGACCGUACUGGGACAUGACCAACCAGGACGUGAUCAAUGCCAUUGAACAGGACUAUCGCCUGCCACCCCCCAUGGACUGCCCCACCGCCCUGCACCAGCUCAUGCUCGACUGUUGGCAAAAGGAUCGUAACAACCGGCCCAAGUUUGGUCAGAUCGUCAACACCCUGGAUAAAAUGAUCAGGAACCCAAACACCCUGAAGGCCCUGACACCCCCCACCUCAGGGGUGACUCUGCCUUUGCUGGAUCGCACAGUCCCAGACUUUUCUACCUUCAGCACAGUGGACGACUGGUUAGAUGCCAUUAAGAUGGGUCAGUACAAGGAGAACUUCACCAAUGAGGGCUACACGUCGUUUGACCUGGUUUCUCAAAUGACGGCAGAGGAUAUCCAGAAGGUUGGGGUGACCUUGGCAGGGCAUCAGAAGAAGAUUUUGAACAGUAUUCAAAUGAUGCGGGCACAGAUGAAUCAAAUUCAGUCGGUGGAGGUUUGA